AUGGCGUCUGCGACCGCCUCAUCCUCGCAGUCGUCGGCCAUCGGCGCGCUGCUCAAGUCGCUGCAAAAGGACGUGGCGUCGGUGGCCUCGACGCUGACGACGCUGUGCAACGACAUCGUCAAGACGCCGUCCAGCUUCACCUACCCGGACGGUAUCUCGCUGCUGACGCUCAAGAACGACGUGCUGCUCGACUACCUCCACCACCUCGUCCUGCUCUCGGCGUGGAAGAUGAGUGGCAACUCGCUCACCGAGAGCCACGGCGCCCGGCUCGUACGCAACCUCGUCAAGCUCCGCCUAGUGCUCGAAAAGGUCAAGCCGCUUGAGAGCAGGCUCCGGUACCAGGUCGAGAAGCUGCUCAGGGCGGCCGAGGACGAGGACAGGGAGAUCGCGCUCGGCAGGGUCAGGCCCAAGGCGAAGGACGAAGAUGAGGUCGGCGAGGAAGAGGACGAGGAGGAGGAGACGGCCGUCGACCUGCUGGCCUUCCGACCCAACCCGUCGGCGUUCAUGGACGACAAGGCCCGUCCGGAUCGCAGCGACAAGGUCUCAAGCAAGACAAAGACGGCGAAACGCAGCAAGAAGGAUGCUGGCGGCUCGUCGUCCGAAUCCGAGUCGGACUCUGGCGGCAAGACGGCCGUCUACCGUCCACCGAAGCUGGCGCCGGUGGCGUACGACCCGGACGCUUCGUCCUCGAAGCGCGGGCGCGACAGCGGACGGGGUUCCGCGCGCUCCUCUGCGCUGCUCGCCGACCUCACCGCGGGCCUGUCGUCGAACCCGUACGAGAUCUCUUCGGGCGGAGUGGGCGUGGGCGGAUCGGUGGCGUCGCAGCAGAGCGCGAGGGCGCGCGCGCUGCAGCGGAUGCAGGACUACGAGGAGGACAACUUCACGCGCCUGGUCAUGUCGAAGCGCGACGCAAAGAAGCGCAUGCGCGACGAGGCCGACGUCGCUCUCGGCGGUGCGGGCCUCUCGAGCGGGCGCGACGGCCAGCGCCGCGUCGGGGGCGGCAUCGAGGAAGAGUUUGGCGACCUCCUCCGCACCGGCGGCUACUCGGGCGCCGGCAAAAAGGGAAAGAAGGCGAGGAGGAGCGAGGAUGCCUUUGAGAGCUUGCGCGGCGGCAGCGCCAAGCCCAACACACUUCAGCGAGCACGCAAGGGCGGGUCUAGGGGCGCGGAUUCGCCCCGCUCUGGCGGGUCAAAGACGUUCAAGAACAAGCUCAACAAGAGGAAGUGA